CUCAUAUCUAGUUUGAAGUGGUCGCUCAGGAUGCAAUCAGUAACAGCUUGUCCAUAAGACCUGCAGUGCAUCGGCACUAUGGUUUUAUAACUGAGGCGCAGCGUUGCUUAUUACUUUAUUCUACCUCAAAAUUUGUCUAAAACUAAAUUCAUAGUCUGAAGCUAUGAGUACUAUGUGGCUACAUCGAUCUUGAAGGUUAUACCAGCACACUAAGGCAGUUUAUUGCGCUUCAGUAAUACACCAAUUUCUUCACAACUUGGGAUAAAGUGACGGAUCCAUCCAUAGGAAGCGAGAUGGAGUGCAAACCUGAAGAAAUCUUCCAAGAGUGAUGACAGCAAUGAUGAAGCUCACCAUGAAUCCUUCAGCCAACGCCGUCGGACCAAAUCAGUAAAAGUUAUCUUUAUGGAGUUUCAAAAUGACAUUUUCUAAACUGCUGAACGAGAGCAAUGAUGAAUUCUCCACAGACGAGUCGCUUAACGUGUCUUUGCCGCAGCACUUUCUCUCAAACAUCAGCAACACCACCACCUGUGUGGGCAUCACACUCGACUCUCAAGUCAUCGGUGUGGGAAUCUUUCUGGCCGUUUUUAUAUUAGCGGCUAUCAUCGGGAACAUUUUGGUUAUUCUUUCGGUACUGUGCAACAAACAUUUGCAGACGGUCACGAACUUCUUCAUCGUGAACCUGGCUAUAGCGGACCUUCUGCUGAGUAUCAUCGUCUUACCGUUCUCCGCGUCUUUGGAGGUGCUGGGAUGCUGGGUUUUCGGUCGGGUCUUCUGCAACAUCUGGGCAGCGGUGGAUGUUCUCUGUUGCACGGCGUCUAUAUUGAGUUUGUGCAUUAUAUCCAUAGACAGGUACAUAGGGGUGAAAUACUGCCUGAAAUACCCCACCAUCAUGACUGAACGGAAAGCAGGUGUCAUACUCGUGGUGGUCUGGGUGUCUUCGAUGGUUAUUUCAAUCGGACCCCUUCUGGGAUGGAAAGAGCCUCCACCAUUAGAUGAGAGCAUCUGCAGGAUCACUGAGGAACCGGGCUACGCGCUUUUCUCCUCUUUAUUCUCCUUCUACCUCCCGCUCAUGGUGAUUUUAGUCAUGUACAUUAGAGUAUACAUCGUGGCCCGCAGGACUACAAAAAGUUUAGAAGCGGGUGUGAAACUGGAGAGAGAUAAAUCAAUGGAAGUGGUGCUGCGGAUACACUGCAGGAGCAUACCGGAGGAUACGAGCACCAGCAGCUCCAAAACCAAAACGCACCCGUUCAGAAGUUCACUGUCCGUGAGGCUCAUGAAGUUCUCCAGGGAGAAGAAAGCUGCUAAAACCCUCGCCAUCGUUGUGGGAAUGUUUAUUCUCUGUUGGCUACCGUUUUUCUUCGUUUUGCCUUUGGGGUCUUUCUUCCCAGAGCUGAAGCCCUCUGAGAUGGUGUUUAAAGUAAUCUUCUGGCUGGGCUACUUCAACAGCUGCAUUAACCCAGUAAUCUACCCAUGCUCCAGCAAGGAAUUCCAGCGCGCCUUUACUCGUCUGCUGCGCUGCCAGUGUCAGCGUCGCCGUCGCAUACUGCGCCGGUUCUAUGACCAACGGUGGAGAACGGCCAUGAGGGGAGCCAGGAGGGAGCAGCACCAGGACUACUGCUCUGGAUUUCCCUUCCACGAGCAAUGCGGUAACUCUAUCUACUCCUGCCAGAGCAAAAGCCAGCCUCUGAAGAGCCUGAAGGGCUGGAGCUUCUUCCCCCCCUUAGAGAAGUCCUCUUUCCAACUGAAGGAGAAAAUGAACAACCUUUCCAAUAAGAUCAAGAACGGGACGGGGAAGAGCAGCACGUGUGGUCUGGGCCGGACAGAGAUUGACACGGUCUCCAUGGGAAUCUAUGGCGAUUGCAGCGAUCAGAGCACUUACGAGAUCUAUGACCUCACAGAGUCCUAUGGCCUGAAGGAAACAGACAUCUAAACAAAGAUAUAGAUUAAUGUCUGUGUUCUCUCACAGCUCUGACUUCUGACAUGCUGCCAGGCAAAUAUUUGGCUCUUAGGGAUUGUUUGAUUUUAUUUUAUUUUUUAAAUGACUUUUGAUCAAAGACUUGUACUCUAGUUAUGUCUUAAAAUUCUGACUUCAAUUUUCAAGUAAAAUGUGAGUUAAAGGGACAUUUCACUCGAAAAUUAAAACUCUGUCAUCAUUUACUCACCUGCAUGUUGUUCCAGUUGACCCAUAAUGUUGUUCCAGUCACCAUUUACUUUCAUUGUAUCGAAUAAAAAAAUAAAAUAAAAAAAGAUGUAAUGAAAGUGAAUGGUGACUGAAAUCUUAUGUUGUGUUCCACAGAAGAAAGAAAGUAGUUUGGAACAACAUGAGAGUGAGUAAAUGAUGACUGAAUUUGCAUUAUUAUUAUUAUUUUGGGUGAAUUAUCCCUUUAAGGAGAAAAAAAUUAUAUUUUCACAUGGAUAAUUUAAGAGUUUUACUUCUAAAGUGGAAAAAGUACACUGAAUGCACGAAUAAGGAAAACAAAACCUUCAGUGCACUGGACUAGAUGUGCUAUCCCAUGGCAAACAAUUAGACUCAUAGCUGCUGGGUAUCUGUAUACUGUUUUGUCCAUGUGGCCUUUGAGAAGUAUUCUGUCAAAUGUUCAAACUCCCUGAUAACGGGCAAGGCAACAUUAAAGAGUAUGUCUUUACUGUACUUACAAAGAGAGAUUGUUGCAAUUACCUUGACCUGUUGUCCACUGAGUGUGAAUGGAAAGCAUAUUUAUCUGUGAUGUAUCCUAGAGACUGUUGAAUCCAUGACACUGAUUUUUACUGACACAACGAUUCACUGUGAUUCACAAAAUGAUUCACAGAUUACUGCAAAUUCAAAUGAUUCAAAGUAAUGUGGAGGUACAUAAUUUUAAAUGUUAGGCACAAUUUGUCAUUAAAGAGAUGUUGUGCAGAUGUUUUAAUAUUUCAGAGGGUUUACUGUGCUAUUCAUGCAUCUCAGUUGAACCCAGAUAAAGUGACAUAUUGAAAUAAUCUCCAACAGCACCAACAGUAAAAAUCAUAGUAUAUGGACUACAACUCAGUUUUGUGUGUGUGUUAAGAAAAAGGUUUCUUUGUAAUGCUGAUGUGAGAUGUGACAAUGUCUUUUGGUGUCAACUAUUAAGCAGAAUAAAUCUGAAAAACAGCAUGCAGUAUGUUGAUCUCAUAAGUGUAUUC